CGAGUACUCAUUCUAGUUUUAGCCGGUACCCGGUGACUACAUUUAUUUUUUUACUCAACGGUCUUAGUUAAAAAAUUCAAAAAUGGAAUUCGUCGGCAAGAAAUACAAAAUGAUCUCGUCCGAGAACUUCGACGAGUUCAUGAAGGUGCUUGGCGUGGGCCUCAUCACCCGCAAAGCCGCCAACGCCGUGACCCCCACCAUCGAGCUGCGCCAGGAGGGCGACCAGUACAACCUGGUCACGUCCUCCACCUUCAAGACCACGGAGAUGAAGUUCAAGCCUGGCGAGGAGUUCGAUGAGGAGCGCGCUGACGGUGCCAAGGUCAAGUCAGUGUGCACCUUCGAAGGCAACGUCCUGAAGCAGACACAGAAGGGCUCCGACGGCUUGGAAGUCAAUUAUAUUAGAGAAUUCGGACCUGAGGAGUUGAAGGCUGUGAUGACCGCCAAGGACGUCACAUGCACCCGAGUGUACAAGGUGCAAUAAGCCCGUGAAGCAAGACUGUAGGGCGGCGCCCUAUGUUUAUCCUAUUUUAGCACAACUAUUCGUAAAGUUAAAUUAUCUUUAUUUAGGACUCCUGUAGGUGUGGACACGCGCAGUAAUUUAUUUUUGUACGCUCAGUAUAUUUGCCAAAGUUGAGUUUCGGAAUUCUAAGAUCAUACCUACUGUUGUAUAAGUUUUUCAGUGCAUAUUUAAUAAAUCGUUUUGUAAUA